GCUUGAUGAAGCAUUCAGGAUCGGGAUCGAAUAUGCCGUCUGCAUUGGAGAAGCAAGCCCGCGCUGAGCUCGAGAAAUCAAGCAUCGUGGUUGGGUAUGACCACCUCAACUACUCGACAUCGGCGAAGGACAUGAACGCGCUGUCAACGUCGAGGCACUUUCAUGCGUCCAACGACCCGAAUCGCCUGAAGCAUAUCAAGGAGGAACAUCGGGUGCGCCACUUUGAACUAGGCGACACGAACGAAAAACCCUUGAGCUAUGACACGAGCAGUAAGCUGCAGGACCCGACAGGUGAAAUGCAAAAGUACACUGCCAAGUUGAACGUCGAUGCUCGCGCGAUGCUCAUGAAGACAUCAGCGAUUGUCGGGUACGAGAAGUCGCAGUUCACGACGUCAACCAAAGCCGCAACGCAGUGGAAUCGCGAAGACAUGAAGAAGGCGAUCGCGAUGCGGGACGAAACGAGAUUGAUCACAGGGCCGAAAAAGUGUCCAUUCGUGUACGGCGACGACGAAGUGAGCUACGUGUCCACAGCAAAGGGUACGAUGAACUUUGACCAGAAAGACGCCAAAGUUGCUGUGAUGGCUGCCGACGUCAAAGAUGAUUUGAGGAAAUGUCACUACAGCUUUGGCAACGACAAACUGGACUACUCGACGUCGAGCCACAUUGCGCCCAUGUCGUCGGAUGCAUAUCGCGAAGCCUCGAAGAAACACCCGCCGUUGAACGACCCCCGGAAGGGCAGUGUGCAUUUCUCCUAGUUGGUGUUGAAAUGCAUUUUCCGACGUAUCGGUCUCGGCGCUUUUGUCCACCGAUCCGUGAUUC